GAAGGGGAGAUCACUCCGUUUGACUAUUGCCAAAGUGGAAGUUGACACUGUCCAUACAAAGGUGUGUCGCUGUUUACGUUUACAAUAUGGCAGCCACUAGUUCGGUCAUUAUGGAUGGGACAGAAGAGGUGAUGAAUUUUGGUGACGAAGAGGAUAUCCUGGAACGAAGGAAGAAGGUGAAACAUCCGUUUGCUGUUUUCUUCCAUUUAAUAUUCCGAAGUGCAUCCAUUGUUGCUUAUCUCUUUUGUGGUUGGUUCAGUUCAAGCUUUAUUGCAAGUUUUGUUGUCAUUGUCCUUUUUUUAUCCAUGGAUUUCUGGACUGUGAAAAAUAUUACAGGUCGAUUGUUAGUAGGUCUUCGGUGGUGGAACUAUAUUGAUGAAAGUGGUGCAAGCCAUUGGGUGUAUGAGUCUCGUAAGGGAUCUUCCAAAAGCAAAGUAACAGCUGUUGAAUCCAGAGUGUUCUGGUUGUCUCUUGUAUCCUGCCAAAUAGUAUGGAUUGUGCUAUUUUUUGGAACAAUCUUCACACUCAACUUUGAGUGGUUUAUGGUUGUGAUUGUUGGUAUUGUAAUGAAUGGUGCUAAUCUUUAUGGAUAUAUCCGGUGUAAAAUUGGUGCCAAGAAGUCCCUGCGAAGUGUAGCUUCCAAUUUCUUAGGACAACAUAUUCUACAAACAUUGAAAGGUUCAGUAUCAAGCACUACAGAAACCACAUCAGAAAAUGUGAAUGAGAAGCCAUCUGAGCCCAAAUUUUCAAUCUGAUCCCGGAAUACUGUUUACCUGAGAAGGCCUUACAAACCACUUCCAUUUAUGUGAUCAUGCCAGGACUUCAUAGAACCUUUUACCUGUAUAUAUAUUUGUUUUUGUUUUCUUUGGCAGGCUGGACAAAAAGCCGAUCCAUCCUAAAUCUGAAAUGGGUUUUCGUUCUAUUAACAUAGAAUUUCGACCAUAUUCAUAUUUAAACUUGAUUAUAUAUGCAUGUAAAUGACUAUUUGUGUGAAUAUAUGAAUGGAUGUGUGUAUGCAUAAAUGUAUGUUUGUGUAUGAAUAAAUGUGUGUGUGUAUAUGCAUAUAGAUAUAAAUUGUAUAAUUUAUGUAUUUAUGAUUCUGUUUUUGUUUUGUUUUUAACUGAACUGCUUUUCAGUUUUAACUUCUUGUUUGGUUGCAUAUUAACACAUCACAUUCCUUCAUGUUAUUUAAACUGUUGUUUCUUGCACUCAUGGUACCCACAUUUGGCCCUGCCCUGUAAAAAAACAAUAACACUUCCCAUUCCAGUAUAUUAUUGAACUGUUGUAAUCUUUUCAACAGACAGUGUUGCAGUUGGCCAAGGUGGUAGAGUGCCAGCCUAAACACAAUUUUGUAUUUACGUCUUGUCCUUUUUGAUUUCAAGUUCAACUCUUGUCAGAGUUAACUUGACUUUUUAUCUUCCUAGGUACAAGAAAUAAAAUAUAUAAAUAAAAGAAUGGUUCAGAUUGCACCACUGUUGCAACUUAUCCAAUUAACUGUUCUUAGAUGUUAUCACUGUCACUUCUUAAGGUGGCAAACUGGCAGAAUUGUUAACAUUCUAGACAAAAUGCUUAGUGGCAUUUCAUUCGUCUUUUACGAUCUGGGUUCAAAUUCUGCAGAGGCCAACUUUGCCUUUCAUCCUUUUGGGGUUAAUUAAAUAUCAGUUGCGAACUGGGGUCAAUGUAAUUGCCCACUCCUAUAAUUUUAGGCUUUGUGCCUAUAGCAGAAAGCAUUAAUGUUCUUUAGAUGAGGUGAUAAUCAUGAUUACCCAUCAUAUUGUACACCUCUUUAACAUUUCAAGAUGCUUGAGAUACUACUAUCAUCACUAUCAGACAGUGGUAAGUAAUAACAGUAAAUUGUCAUAAAGAUUAUUACUUCUUUUUAUGAAUCAGUUGUCAGGAGUUCAAGAUCUCCUCUUUGGUGUUAUAAUUGAUGUUUUUCCUUAUCAUAUAUUUCACUACAUUGUGUCUUGAAUGAAAGUCAGACAUCUCUGAGAGACAUUCUCCAAAUAAAAGCUGAGAUAUCAUUUGCUGAUAAAGCAACUGAUGUAACUUUUUCAUUCACUAUUUUGACCAUUCUAACUGGCUGCAAUACACUUAUAUGAUGUAAUGUAUAUAUCAACCUCUACUUUGUGGGCAUUUUUUUCCUCUAAUUUUAUCCUAGUCAAAUAUAAGGGAAAUAUUUCUAGAGCUUUCAUACAAAAAGAUGUACGCAAAAUAUAUUGUUUUGUACCUCAGUCUCUUUUGGGUGCUGGAAAUCUUCCCAAGGAUGUUCAGGUUUGUCAAAUCCAACUGAUUUCAACCAUUUUGGAUAGAAUUGCAUGAAAGUCUUGAAGGAUUCUUUAAAGGUCAAAUAUAAGGAAAAUAUUUCUAGAGCUUUCAUACAAAAAGAUAUAUGCAAAAUAUAUUAAAGUAAAAGAGGAUGUCUUUCAGUUUGAAUAAAUUAUCUUAAAAGAAUUGACUGUCACUUAUUUUAGUGACCUUUGUGUGAUAUCAUAAAAACAUUUAAGCUGGGAAUCUCUACCGAAACAUGAAGAGUAAGAAAGUGAAAACUCAGACUAAAAACAGCAAGUAAAAAACAAACGUCUUUAUACAGAAUAAAUGCUCAGCUUUCACUGUUUUGUACCUCAGUCUCUUUUGGGUGCCGGAAUUCUUCCCAAGGAUGUUCUGGUUUGUCAAAUCCAACUGACUUCAACCAUUUUGGAUAGAAUUGCAUGAAAUUCUUGAAGGAUUCUUUAAAAUAGUUGGUAUUGCAAUAUGAUUCAACUGCAUUUUUCUGUUCCUGGGAUGGACACAAAAGGAAAAAGAAAGAAAAAUGUAAUUUGAAGUAAUCACACAAUAAAACUGGAACAAUUAAGUUUUCUGCUAUUUUAUGUAAGUGAAUUUAAAUUAUAAGAAAAUAAAUUGGAGAUGAAAAAAUAUGGUUUAA